GAAGAUUUGUGCAGUGAAACAGAAGGAAGCAGGAGAGGAAGAAAAAGGAAGAAGAAGCAGGAGGAGAAGAAGAAGAAGAAGAAAAAGAAGAGGAGGCAAAAGUAGGAAAUCUCUGCAACCCCUGGAGUCUCAUUCAGCACCACUCGCUACUGGACAGCGUCUGAGCAGCAGGAGAUUCUGGGGAGUAACACCGCGUCUGCACGGGGCGCUUUAAUCCCAACACAAAUAACACUUUAAACCGGCGUUUGCACUCCCCACACCUGUCUUCUUCUUCUCUCUCCCUCUCUCUUUUUUUUUUUUUUAUCCGUGUGGCGGGUUUGGCAAGCAGCGUUCAAACAGGAGGCGAGUGCCGACUGGAGCUGGAGCUGGCGCUGCCAAACAAAGACGCAGGAAAAGAAAGAAAAACUGGACGACACCAGAGAACAGAAGUUCAUUUUCCCCACUUUAGGCUCACUUACACCAGGAGGAUUUAAAGGGAGCCUGUUGUGGAAACCCACUGGGUCGUCUUGUGACUUUCUGUCAGCUUGAAGGACCAAGAGGAGCGCUCAAUGCACCCGAGUGAUCCUGGAGAAGCAGAGCAGAGAGGCCAACUUCCUACCUUUGUUCCUGCCUUUUGAGAACGCUCUGUGUGGACUCUGUCUCAGCUCACCCCUGUGCUGUUUAGUUGCUGCGUGUCACCGCCACUCUAAGGUGCAGGAAAAGAGUGAAACACAAAGUGGAAAGAAGAAAGAGGGAGAGAUAAAGAGAGCGAGGCUGCAUAAUUAGUAUUACCGUGUUUGUGUCAGAGCUAGAAACCAUGAGAAGAGACUUCUGAAGACGACUGAAAAACAUUGCGGCUAACCUCCAGGACAUUUGUAUGUGUGUGUGGGUAUAUGUGCUCACACCUGUUUUAUUUUCAAAGGACUUGAAUUUGUAUUUGGAUGCGGAUUUAGCCUUUCAUUAUGACUCUGCGAGGAGGUUUUGAGAGAGGGUGGAUUGGCUGCAACAGAGGUGUCUGCUGCUGGGUGUUGCUGCUGGCUUGUUAUUUCUCGAUCGCCUUGGCAGCCAAACCCAAAAUGCCAGGCCACACACACCUCAAUUCAAUACGCAUUGAUGGGGACAUAUCUCUGGGUGGCCUGUUUCCAGUGCAUGCGAGAGGUAAUGAUGGCAAAGCCUGUGGGGAGCUGAAGAAGGAGAAAGGGAUCCAUAGGCUGGAGGCCAUGUUAUUUGCCCUGGAUCGUAUCAAUAAUGACAAUGAGCUGCUGCCUAAUAUCACUCUGGGGGCACGCAUCCUGGACACCUGCUCCCGGGACACCCAUGCUCUGGAGCAGUCGCUGACAUUCGUUCAGGCGCUGAUUGAGAAAGACUCAACUGAUGUCAAGUGUCUCAGCGGAGGGCCGCCCAUCAUCACUAAGCCUGAGAGAGUGGUGGGAGUGAUUGGUGCAUCUGCCAGCUCCGUGUCAAUCAUGGUAGCCAACAUUUUGCGUCUCUUCAAGAUCCCUCAGGUGAGCUACGCUUCAACAGCUCCGGAGCUGAGUGAUAACACCCGCUACGACUUCUUCUCACGGGUGGUGCCCCCGGACACCUACCAGGCCCAGGCCAUGGUGGACAUUGUCAAAGCCAUGCGCUGGAACUACGUCUCCACUGUGGCCUCUGAGGGAAACUAUGGAGAAAGUGGCGUUGAUGCGUUUAUUCAAAAGUCUCGAGAGGACGGUGGUCUGUGCAUUUCCCAGUCUGUGAAAAUACCACGUGAACCAAAAACUGGAGAGUUUGACAAAAUCAUCCGCAGGCUGAGUGAGAACCCGAACGCCCGAGUCGUCAUUAUCUUUGCCAAUGAGGACGACAUCAAGCGGCUCCUACAAGCAGCUAAGAAGGCCAAUCAAACUGGUCAUUUCAUCUGGGUCGGUUCAGACAGCUGGGGGUCCAAAAUCACCCCAAUACUGAACCAGGAAGAGAUGGCAGAAGGGGCUGUCACCAUCCUACCAAAACGACAGUCCAUCAGAGGUUUUGAUCGCUACUUCAUCAGCCGAACGCUGGAGAACAACAGAAGGAAUAUCUGGUUUGCAGAGUUCUGGGAGAACAACUUCCAAUGCAAGCUUAGUCGGCAUGCUGUAAAGAAAGGAUCCGGCAUCAAAAAAUGCACAAACCAUGAGCGAAUCGGGAAGGACUCGUCUUACGAACAGGAGGGGAAGGUUCAGUUUGUGAUUGAUGCAGUUUAUGCCAUGGCUCACGCGCUACACAAUAUGCACAAAGAUCUCUGCCCUGGGAAAGUCGGCCUCUGCUCCAAGAUGGAGACCAUCAACGGCACGCUGCUGCUAAAAUACAUCCGCAAUGUCAACUUCACAGGAAUUGCUGGCACCCCUGUGGUCUUCAACGUGAAUGGAGAUGCUCCUGGUCGCUAUGAAAUCUACCAAUACCAGAUCACAAACAACACCCCAGAAUACAAGAUCAUUGGUCACUGGACAGAUCAGCUCCACUUAGACACCAAUGAGAUGCAGUGGCCUGGUGCAACACAAGAAGUCCCGUCCUCCAUCUGCAGCCAACCCUGUCGUCCUGGGCAGCGCAAGAAGACCGUGAAGGGAAUUCCAUGUUGUUGGCACUGUGAGAAUUGUGAUGGUUACCAGUACCAGGCAGACACUUACACCUGCAAGAUGUGUCGCUUUGAUUUGCGGCCUAAUGCAAACCACACUGGCUGCGAUCCCAUUCCCAUUGUCAAGCUGGAGUGGAGCUCCCCGUGGGCAGUCAUCCCUGUCCUGAUUGCUGUCCUGGGCAUCAUGGCUACUCUGUUUGUGGUUGUCACCUUUAUACGCUACAAUGACACACCCAUUGUUAAGGCAUCGGGUCGAGAACUGAGCUAUGUGCUGCUGACAGGUAUCUUUCUCUGCUAUGCUACAACAUUCCUCAUGAUCUCCACUCCUGACGUGGUUAUAUGCUCCCUGCGAAGGAUUUUCCUGGGCCUGGGUAUGAGUAUUAGCUAUGCAGCGCUGCUGACCAAGACAAAUCGGAUCUACAGGAUUUUUGAGCAGGGCAAGAUGUCGGUCAGCGCCCCUCGAUUCAUCUCCCCCGCCUCACAGUUAGUCAUCACAUUCAGCCUGAUAUCCGUGCAGCUCCUCGGAGUGUGCAUCUGGUUUGGUGUUGACCCUUCGCAGGCCAUCAUCGACUAUGAGGAUCAGCGCACGGCCAAUCCUAAAAUGGCCCGAGGUGUUCUGAAAUGCGAUAUAUCAGACCUCUCCCUCAUCUGCCUGCUGGGUUAUAGCAUGCUGCUGAUGGUCACCUGCACAGUUUAUGCCAUCAAGACCAGAGGGGUUCCCGAGACAUUCAACGAGGCCAAGCCCAUCGGCUUCACCAUGUACACCACCUGCAUCGUAUGGCUCGCCUUCAUCCCCAUCUUCUUUGGUACCUCACAAUCAGCAGAAAAGAUGUAUAUCCAGACCACAACCCUGACCAUCUCCGUUAGCCUCAGUGCGUCAGUCUCUCUGGGAAUGCUCUACAUGCCUAAGGUCUACGUGGUUCUCUUCCAUCCGGAGCAGAACGUACCCAAGCGCAAGCGCAGCCUGAAGGCUGUGGUCACUGCAGCCACCAUGUCCAACAAGUUCAACCCCAAAGGCGGCCUGAGGCCCAACGGAGAGGCCAAAUCUGAACUCUGUGAAAGUCUUGAAACACAAGUGUUGGCUUCCAAGCAGACAUACAUAAGCUACAGUAACCAUGCCAUCUAAGCCAGAGACGAACAGUGGAAGCGGAGCCAGAGCCUGCCUGAGGAGAAAUCACCUGAUUCUGGGGAAUACUGGGGAAAUACUGGAGGACUCCUAAGCUGCUACAGGAGAGAGGACUGGGGUGGAAAGAUGGGAAUUUGUCACUCCAUAAAAAGACAGGAUGUCAUAUUUUUCUAGAGAAUCAGGUAAAGGCUUGAACGCCAAAUUUAUUAGAAAUUAGUAGAUUUGCAGGAGGGAUAUGGGAGAUAUAAGGGAGAUUGGACAGUUAAUUUUCCUCUUCCCACCCUUUUUGAGACAGCGUUGAGCAGUGACGUUUCCAGAUGCAGGCUGAGUGAACCACCUGGAGUCUACAGUAUGUUUUCCUUCUGAAGUGUAAAGCACACAAUUUCAGCUCUCUCGGAGGCUGAACCCUUUGUCUCAUUUUAAGAAAAACAGGGGGGGGAAAGUGUUCUGUUUUUGCUUGAAUCAAAUGCAGUCGACGAGACGAAACAGUAUGAAAAAUAUAGUCAUUAUUUUUGGUUACUGGUAUUAUUGGAGGUUGAAAGCUGCAGUACUCUUCAAACUGUACAUGCCUUACUACAGUACAUUCAGUAUUCCUACAUGAACUAACCAUAUCUGAAACAAGUGAAAAUAAAGCUGUGGGUCAUCCCAGUUUUUUUUAUAAAUGUUUCAUAAUAUUGAUGAUGAUGAUGAUGAUGAUGAUGCCAUCAUCUUGGCAAACCUAGUGUACAGUCCCAGAGCAUGCUUGUGGGAGCAUCACGUGUACUGUGCUGUGUUGUCAACGUCUUUGGAAUGCAACAUUUGUCAUGGUUGUCAUUCACAGUGGCGAUGUCAUUUUGGACCAUUUCCCACUGGGUUACCCUCUGCUGAAUAAAGAGUAAAUUCAAACACAAAAAGGUGUAAAAGCAACAUCCCAUGGAAUACCUCCAUAGUUUACACCGCACUCCAUAAAUGUCAGCCAGGACUUAAAGACUUGUCGAAGCAUACUUCAAAACAUCCCAGAUUUCUUGGCCUUUAUUUAUCAGACAUUUGCUGAACUCUGCAAAUCCAAGCAGUUUGAUAAUUGUGAGAAUUCCCCAUUUCCCCAUUUGUUUAACCUACUAGCUUACAAUAAGACACUUGCAUUUUGCAUCCACGCCAAUAAAUUACACUGUUAUUUCCAUAUUAUCCUUUCUUUUCUCUAUUUGUGUAUUUCUUUGUUCAGAGAAAUACAAUUUAACAAUAUAUUCUUAAUUUUUUUUUAGAGAAAAACAGUAUAUUCCGUCCCUAAAUACUCCCUAAUACGUGAAGAAAUAAAACAACACACAGGUCUAUUGUCAUUUAAACUUGAGGGUACAAUUUGAUUACACUGGGCAGUAUAACAAGGGGAUCUUGUAAGUAUUGUGUGAAAAGAUAGAGAAUCUGUUUCUUUUUUUUCAUUUCUGGGUCAUGAAUUUCGAGGCCACAGUGGUAAUGAGAGUUGUAAUAGCAUUUUGGAUACAAAAUUAGGCUCAUGGAGCUACUCGGCAUGAAGACCCAUUUAGAGAAGGUGCAAGCUCAGUUCUGUCAAACAGCAUAAAUGUUCAAAGAUAAUUAGGUGGAUGACAUGCAUAAGAUUUCCUAAGAAGGGUUUUACCUUUCAACGGACCCCAUAUGAUCUUUUAGGGCUAACAUUAGAGCAGAGUUUAAAUGUUCUCCCCGAUCCAACAGAAUAGUAUUUUGGUAAUAGUCAGAUCUUUUUUAACAAAAUAAAAACAUUAAAAUGUUGUUUUAUUUCGCAAAAGUGAAGUUUUUUUUAGUUUUUUUACAGUAAACCUGCAUUUAAUGACUAAGAAUAAACACUACAAUCUGCAGAUCUAUGCAGUUUUUUUUAGCUUCAUUCAUCAUUACAUUUCUACAGAGUUGACAAUGAAUUCUCAUUCUGUCUAAUAUACAUCUACGAUUUCCAGAGUGCUCCUAUAAACGUCUCUUUCUUAGCUGAAUAGGAGGAUCGACAGCUGCUUGAUAAAUAAAGGCCACUGCCUUCAUUCUGUGCCUCAUACCCACUGAACUACUUCUGCCAUUCUUUCCAUGGAUCCGUCAUGGUGUCCUAUGUUUCAUCCAUUUCCUUUCAAGUGUUUUCUGUUCCAACAAGGGGUAGAGAGGACUCAAUGUACAAUUAAUAAUUAAGUGUGUAAACUCCAUUUCUGUCUCCAGUCUCUAAAGUAUUCGUCAUAAACAGUGACUCUGGAAUUUGUCUCAUUAAAUGUUAUCCUCAGCGAUGCAAAAAUAUGUAUGUUGCAUGUCAAAACUCAUAACAAGUCAUGUGAACAAUUUGAGAGAAAGGUGUAAUGUCCAGAAGGAAAACUACUGCAGAGGAUUAUAAAUAACUAAUAUUUUUGGUUUAAUCAAUGAUUCUCUCAGCUUCAACAAAAGUCUAGGGUGUUGCCGCAAAUGUUGUUUUCUCAUCAGUUGAUAAAGUAUUGUUUGUGGGAUUGUUUGUAUUCGUGAAUAUGAUAAUUUUCAGCUUUUUUUUUUUGCACAACCCCCCUACCCCCCUCCUCCCGCCCCUUUAUUUUUCUAAAACACUUUGUCUGUGUUUCAAAAUAGAAUAUGUAAGUGCUGACUGAAAUUAAGUGGCAAGUUAAUGUACGUUAUUAAAAUGGAUUGAUCAUGUCUGCUUUAUGUACUGAAUUAUUUAAAAAAAAAAAAAAAAAGAAAGAUGAAAAAGAAUUACAGUGCCUGGAUAUUUAUGAAUUAUCUAUAGAACAAAAAAAUAAAAUGUGUAGAGCAUGUUCAUUUUUAUACAAGA